UUUGUCUUCCGCGUUUCCGCGUUUCCGCGUUUCCGCGCUCCAUGUCCAUGUAAUGGCACCCUUAAAGAAGAAAGAAUCAGAAAGAUUCAAAGAAGUUCUCCGAAGAGGAAACAAGUAUAAAGACGAAGAAAAGGAAGAAGAAAUCCAAGAAGAGAGAAAGAAAUAUUUAUAGUUUGAGAUCAUUAAUUGAGGAUGACUCUCGACUGUGUGAUUAGCAACGAACAAGUGAUUUUUGUUACGGGAGGUUAUGACCAUACUAUUAAAAUAUGGCAACCGCAUACGGGUGUCUGUCAACGUACGUGCCAACACACGGAUUCUCAAGUCAAUGCAUUAGAUAUUACACCAGACAAGUAUGUUGUAGCUGCUGCUGGAUAUCAGCAUAUACGGAUGUAUGACCUAGCUUCAAAUAAUCCCAAUCCAGUCAUCAACUAUGAAGGAGUGUCGAAAAAUAUUACCAGUUUAGGCUUUCAGGAAGAAGGAAAGUGGAUGUAUACAGGAGGAGAAGAUUGUUCUGCAAGAGUAUGGGAUUUGAGAUCUAGCAGCUUUCAGUGCCAAAGAAUAUUUCAAGUGACUGCACCUGUAAAUUGUGUAUGUUUACAUCCCAAUCAAGCAGAACUAAUUGUUGGUGAUCAAAGUGGAGUCAUACAUUUAUGGGACCUUCGUUCUGAUCACAAUGAGCAAUUAAUUCCUGAAGCUGAAUCUUCGAUUCAGGAUAUUACAAUAGAUCAGGAUGGCACUUACAUGGCUGCAGUAAAUAAUAAAGGACACUGCUAUAUUUGGACGCUUUCAGGAGGCGUUGGAGAAGAACCUACAAAACUUAAUCCUCGUCACAAACUUCUAGCUCAUAAACGUUAUGCCCUUCGUUGCAAAUUCAGUCCUGAUUCUACAUUGUUGGUGACAACAUCGGCUGAUCAGACUGCACGAGUAUGGAGAACAACAGAUUUUUCCGAAGUACAAGUACUUCAGCACGAGGCAAAGCGUUGGGUUUGGGAUGCGGCGUUCAGCGCAGAUUCCCAAUAUAUAUUCACCGCCUCUUCAGACGGAAUUGCAAGACUGUGGAAUGCGUCUACAGGAACAGUAGAACGAGAAUAUGUAGGACAUCAGAAGGCUGUCACAGCUCUUGCUUUUCGCGAUGAAAUUGUUUCCGCAAGCUAAAAAUAAAAAAAUAAAAAUUUAAAUAAUAUA